GGAAGUGAUGUAGCCUACGCAAUGUUGAUGAAACCCGAAACAUGUAAUCGUGACAUCCUCGUCGCAACAGAUGCUCACAACGUGACAAUUCUUGCAACAGACAGAUUUUCGUAGAAGAUUAUUCCCUGACCGAAAAUGAAUCCCUCCAGGAGAAGCGAAAGUGAUUGGCAGGGUCUGGUAAAUGAGUUCCUGGUGUGCAAAAGAAAGCUGGAGAGUAAGAAGGAGGCACUGCUGAUUUUAUCGAAAGAACUGGACACCUGCCAGCAGGAAAGGGAUCAGUUCAAACUGAUGGCAAACCAGCUCCGUGAGCGCCACCAAGGCCUGAAGAAAAAGUACAGAGAGCUCAUAGACGGUGACCCCUCUCUGCCACCUGAAAAGAGAAACCAAGUCAAUCUGGCCCAAUUACUGAGAGACUCACGAGAACACAACAAACAGCUGAGCGAGGAGCUGAAAGAACUGAAGCAGCGUUUAGCCGAGGUGCAUGGUGAUAACAAGCUGCUGAGGAUGACCAUCGCAAAGCAGCGUUUGGGGGACGAAGAGGUGGGAACUCGACAUUUUCCAGCCCACGAGAGAGAAGAUCUCGUUCAGCAGCUGGAAAGAGCUCGAGAACAGACUGAAGCGCUGGAACAAAGCUUGAAGGCAGCCACGGAUGAACUUCAGGAUGUGAGAGCAGAGCGUAAUGUGUACCAGGAGAAAGCUCACAGACUAAAUAUGGAAAUUAACCACAUCUUGGGCAGCCAUGAAAAUCGAAUCCUGGAUAUAGAUGCUCUGUGUAUGGAGAACAGAUAUCUUCAUGAGCGGCUCAUGCAGCUUCAGGAGGAGGUCAGUCUCCUCAAAUCAAACGUCAUGAAGUACAAGAGUGCUUUGGAAAGCAAAAAGAACUGCAAAGUCUACGGCAAGUCCAACAGCAGUGCUUUAACAGGCGUCCUCUCUGCUAAACAAGUUCAAGAGCUGCUGCUGUCUGAGGAGAAUGGCUGCAGUCUCCCAGUCACUUCACAGUCUAUUAGUGACCUGAAGUCUCUGGCCACUGCUCUGCUGGAGACCAUUCAUGAGAAGAACAUGGUCAUACAGCAUCAGCGGCAAACCAACAAGAUCCUGGGUAACCGAGUGGCAGAACUGGAAAGAAAGUUGAAAACAUUAGAGGUUUCUGGGUUGUGGAGUCUGCCAGGCAUCACCUACAAUGUGUCUCUUGGACUUGGCAGAAGGAAAGCUGUUAUUGUCUUGAGUGACUCUCAGCACGUCCAGUCCACCACAGAGCAGUCAGUCCAUCUAACACCAGAGUCAAUGGUAGGAGAUGAAGAGAUUGUUACCGGAGAAGAGGUCACCGAAGACACCGGACUCAGCACAGACUUUAGCCAAGAUGAAUGUCAAGCCGUGGCAGUGGAGCUAAACCAAAAGGCUGACUAUUUUACCCACACAUAUUCAGUCUCACCAACUCCACAAGUCAGUACUCCUGCAGAAAACAUCCAGCCGGUGGAGAUCAUGCAGAGUAAAACCCUCACUCGCUGUGACUCUCAGAGAUUUGUGUGUCCUGCUGAGAGAUCAGAACAACACAAUGAAGAUCUCCAAAGCAGCGGACAUCUGUCGAUGAGCACAGAAGUGUCUAUUAAAGCUUCAGAAGAACAGGCUGUGGAGAAUGAUAAUCUCUCCGGGGACUGCGAAAGUCAAGGUGCAUUAGAGGACAGUCAGCCUGUGACAUCAGAGACCUCUAGCAGCUUUGACUGUACUUCAGGAUCUGAGUCUUGCACAGCAGAACAGCAAACGGAGCGGUCGAUUGAAGAAGAAACAGAGCAUGCUUCCCUAAACACAAGUCCUCCUGAACAAACUUCACCACACCAGGAAUGUCCUUCUUCAUGAUGUUAAAAACUCUCAAGAGCAUUCGCGAAAGCACCUCCAUUUAUUUAAAGUCCAUCACUUAAAUUAAGUGUCUGAUUCACAAUGAAAAACGUUUUGAAUGUAUAAAUUAGGUCUUCAUCUUCUCAGUUAAGCUGAAAGCAAGGUAUAGGUUGACCAAAACACGAGAUGGUAAAACCAGCAAGCUGAUUAUUCAAAUCUGUCAUAUCUAAUAUGGAACUUUUCUAUCAUCUGAGAUCAUUCGGUGGUUGAAUCCCACUAUCACGACACUACCAGCAAGUUUGUUUUCUUUAUUUUCCCUAACAUUAUUGUGAAAGCAUACAAAAUUAUUUCAUCUUUAUCUAUUUCAACCAUUUAAGCAUCUUUGCCAUUGCUUUAGAUGUAUUUUGAGGGCAAGAUGUAACUUUUCCCUCUAAAACCACAACAUACAGUUCUUGUUCAUAUCCAUAAUGUAUUUAUUUACUCUUUUGUUUAUUCAGCUACUUAUUUUAUUUAUUCAUUAUGGAGUUAAGCGUAUAUUUAUU